AUGAAUUUCUUACUACAGUUUACAACUGGUGAAGCACACAAAAUAGCUUCAGGAUAUUCACACUUGAGUGCUGAAGUAGGUUUCACAGCUACAAUGAAGGAAUUCAAAGACAGAUAUGGUGAUCCCGAUGUGGUAGCUAACGAGUAUGUUAAAAAAGCCUUAGAAUGGUCCGUCAUAAAAGCAGACAAUCCAAAAGCAUUAGAUCAAUACUCUAUAUUUUUAAAGGAAUGCUUAUACGCAGUUGAGAAUGUGGAAGCGGCCAGGGUUCUUGAAUACUCUGAGAACAUUAAGCGCAUCAUCAUGAAGUUACCGUAUUACCUGCAUGAGAGGUGGCGCACAAUAGUAUAUGAGUUAAAGGAAAAGAAUCGCGUUGUAAAAUUCAACAACCUUGUCUCAUUUGUACAAAGGGAAGCUAAGAAGGCCAACGACCCAUUGUAUGGGAAAACGGUGAUGAGUGUGGAGUCGCAUAGUACACGUGCGCCUACGUUGAAUCAAAGGAAGCCGUAUAGAAGUUUCGCUACAAAUACAAGCAAUGACGAACAUAGAGAGUUACUACCUGAAACAAGUCUAUCCGAACACGUUGUGCAGUGUGUGUAUUGCAGCGCUGAACAUUCGCUGAAUUCUUGCCAGGACAUCACCAAACAGCCACUUAAAGAAAGAUACCAGUUCUUGAGAUCAAAGGGUUUAUGCUUUGGUUGCCUGAAGCCAGGGCAUCAGAAGUCAAAUUGUAACAGGAAGAUGGAAUGUCAUAUCUGCAAGAGACCACACCCAAGUAUUCUCCAUGUGGAACCCACGGACAAUGAAAAAUUUUACACAAAAACGGCUGCAACGUCUACAGGGGCUGGAAUUCGUCAAGUUUUGCCUAUUGUUCCUGUGAGAAUUAAAUCUAAAAGUAGUAGCAAAGUUGUAGAAACAUAUGCAUUUCUUGAUACUGAUAGAAUAACAAAGUCCGAGUUAGAAAAAUGGCCACAUUUGAAAAACGUUGAAUUACCUACGAUUGAUCAGUCGAAUUGCGAUGUUGAACUCUUGAUUGGCGUCGACGUACCUAGGGCACUGGAGCCUUGGGAUGUUAUUCCCAGUGUUGACAACAGUCCGUUUGCGGUUAAGACCCUAUUCGGCUGGGCUGUAAAUGGUCCCAUAGACUAUAGUGAUGUUGAUGCUGAAUGUUUAAACGCGUUUUCAGUGACAUGUAACUUCAUUCAGACAAGUCUUGAUCAGCAAGUUAGAAAUAAUUUUAACCUUGAUUUCAGUGAACGCGUAAUUGAUGAUGUUCCGGAACAUUCUUGCGAAGAUAAGCGAUUUUUAGAGAUAGUGGCAGGAUCUGCAAGGUUUGAAAAUGGACACUAUGUAAUGAACUUACCAUUUAAGUCGAAAGACAUACAAAUGCCUAAUAACAGACAGGUAGCUAUACACAGACUGUCAUUACUAGGAAAGCGUUUCAAAGGUGAUGCAGAAUUUCAAGGACAGUACGGUGAUUUCAUGAAUAAGAUGAUGGAGAAUGGCUAUGCGCGAAAGGUUCCAAGUAGGGAUUUGACACAGAACGAUGGAUGUGUUUGGUAUUUGCCGCAUCAUGGUGUAUUCCAUCCAAAGAAAAACAAAAUACGUGUUGUAUUCGACUGUGCGGCACGUUUUCAAGGAAGGUCCUUGAAUGAAGAAUUAUUGCAAGGUCCGAACCUUACGAACACUCUUAUUGGAACAUUGAUCAGGUUUCGCGAGGAGCAAGUUGCUAUUAUGGGGGACAUAGAUAGCAUGUUUAUCAGGUUAGGGUCCCAGAAUGUGAUGCUAGUUUGUUACGGUUUCUAUGGUGGGAAGAUGGGGACAUUAAUAAACAUAUUGUUGAAUAUCAAAUGA